AUGGUGCUGGAUAAUAGUGAGGUGACAACGUUUGACCUGCCCCUCUCAGCCAGCCAUGGAGCCACUGACGCUUCUGCCUCUAACAUCAGCGUGGAUGGAGCAGGGGCUGUGGCCGGGGUGGAAUCUCUGGCUGGGGGGGCUGAAGUGUCAGUGGGCGCCGAGGCUCAGCGGACACGGGCUGCUCUGGAGCAGCUACAGCAGAAGAUCCUGAAGAGCAUUGAGCAGAUUCGGAUAGAACAGGAGGCACGAAACGACAAUGUGGCAGAGUACUUGAAGCUGGCCCACAAUGCCAACAGCCAUCAGGCUUUUCGUAUCAAACAGGUGUUUGAGAAGAAGAACCAGAAGUCUGCACAGACCAUCAACCACCUGCACAAGAAGCUAGAUCACUACCACAAGAAGUUUAAGGAGAUACAGCAGCAAGGUCUGGGCCGGCAGCCUAAGGAUGUGCUGGGGGAUAUGCAGCAGGGGCUGAAGGAUGUAGGGGCUAACGUACGGGCAGGGAUCAGUAGCUUUGGUGGAGGUGUGGUGGAGGGUGUCAAAGGGGGCGUGUCAGAACUCACCCAUACAGCUGUGGUGUCUAAGCCCCUGGAGUUUGUCAGCUUGAUCCGCAACAAAUUAGGCAGCACACACUCGCUGGAGGAUGGUGUGGAGGAGCAUUCAGAUGAUGUACCCCUGAGUAGCAGCGUCACCUUGGCCUCCAGCUCAAAGUACAGUAGUGACGACGAGUGCUCCAGUGACUCUGUGACAGGUAGUAAUUAUUUUGGGGCUGGGGGAGGAGGGGGGAUGUUGGGGUUGGGACUGGCCAGGCUGGACGGGAACGACCACCACAGGUCCUGGGACACUUGGCUGGAAGGCCUGCAGGAGAUCAAAGCCAGCCAGGCCCACAUGGAGGACGCCAUCGAGGACAUGAAGAGUCAGCUGCAGAGCGACUACGCCUACAUGACCCAGUGCCUGCAGGAAGAGAAAUACAGGUAUGAGCUACUGGAGGAGCAGCUGAAUGACCUGACAGAGCUGCACCAGAACCAGAUGUCCAACCUGAUACAGGAGCUGGUCAGCAUGGAAGAGAAAGUAACCUACCAGUCCUAUGAGAGAACCAGAGACUCUCAGGUAAAGAGGCAAAAACCUGGAUGUAUAAGAUGUACUGAAACACACAAGUUUGAGUGCAGAAAGGAGCCUAUAGUACCCGUAAAGCAGUUGUAACUUUAUGUUUACCUGUGUUUGUAUUUGCAUAUACAUAUUAUUUUAUAUGUGUGUCUGUA